AACAGUAGCCAAUGUCUUUCAUGCAAUUAGCUGAAAUCAAAUAGCAAAGUUAAAAAACUAUUAAUAAAAAUGAAAGUUAUUGUGCAAGUUUGCGUGCUCUUGGCCUUGGGGACAGUCGCUUAUUCCGCAAGCUCAACUUGGGGUGUGCACAAUGUCACCGAUAGCGUAAUUAUCAACAAAAGAGUAACCUAUCCAGCAAUGCGAAAUGCUGUGCAGACAUUCUACUUCGAUAUUCCAGAGUCGUAUCAGAGCAACAAUAAAUUGAUUAGCGCCAUUUACUUGCAAGACCAAUUUCAGAACAGUUCAGGUCCCACUAAUACUUUGGUGUAUGGUGGACCCGGUUGGACUUACGCUUCUAUACAAAUGAGAACUCAAAUCGGUCUUGGUAUAAAUGUAACAUAUGUUGUUUAUGGCAAAUAAAUCAAUAAAUAAAUAUAAUAAAA